GUUAAUCCGGGUUAUGUAUAAAUUUUAGGGCUGUCAUUUUAACGCGUUAAUUAGAUCAAUUAAUUAGAGCGUAAAAUAACGCGUUAUAAAUUUUAACGCACGAUUAAUUAUGCAAUUCGAACAUUUUAGAGUUGGCCACUUUGACCCCCGAACAUGCGACUGGUUACGUCACUUCAUGCGCCGUUAGUAGAGGCUAGUCCAUACAACAAACAGAGCGGGCUGAGGUGAGCACAGAGAAAUGGAGAAGAGUGCAGGUGAUGCGAGCCAAUCUUUGCUGGGGCCAUUGAACGGCAAGUUUAUUUACAAGAAGAACGCAGAUGGGACAGUCAACAAAAACACGGUUAUUUGUAGCUUAUGUAGAAAAGAAUUUGCUUUUCAUCGAAGCUGCUCUAGCCUGACUUAUCAUUUAAACGCUAAACAUGUUUGGGCAGGUUCCAGCGCUAACGUUGCGACUGCUAGUACUUCUAGCGCUCUUCGCCAACCCAAACUUACAGACUAUGGUAAACGACUAAGCAAAGGCACCACAGAUAAACUGACAAACUCGAUCGCUAAGUGGAUAGCAGGUGAUUGCAGGCCAAUUUCAAUCGUGGAAGAUGAGGGGCUAAAUGAGGCGUUUCAGAUAGCGUCGUCGGAUGCAACAUUCAGGUUACCUUCGAGAGGUACGGUAAUGAAAAAAAUCCAUCAGUUGUAUAGUGAUGAAAGGAAAGCAAAAGAAGAACUGUUGGCAGGUUCAAGCAACCAUGUGUCCUUAACAGGAGAUCACUGGACGUCGGUGAGCAACCAUAAUUAUUUGGGGGUCACAGCACAUCUAAUCGAUAGUGAGUGGAAGCUUAAAUCUUUUGCAUUAACUGUGUGCAAAACAACGACCCGCCAUUAUGCAGAUGCGUGUGCCGAGCAGUUUGAAGCUGUGAUAAAGGACUGGAAAAUAGAAAGCAAAGUGUCAACCAUCGGGACUGAUAGCGCAAGAACCAUGGUCGCGGCAGCACGCCGGAUGCCUUACGAGCAUAUUCCAUGUGCAGCUCAUAUGCUCCAAAGAACCAUUACAAUUUGCCUUGAGGACAGCAGCUUUGACACCGCCCUGGCAAAGUGCCGCAAAAUAGUCGGACACUUCAAGCACAGCCCUGCCAGCACAGAAGAACUGCACCAGCAGCAGGCAGCCCUCGGACAAGCCAGAGAGCCAUUGAUUCAAGACGUAUCCACAAGAUGGAAUUCAACCCUCUUAAUGGUCUCACGGUACCUACGGAACCAGGAGGCUGUGAACACCACUUUGGCUCAACAGAAGCACAACCUGGCCACACUGACCAACCUAGAGUGUGUCAAACUACAGAAGCUGGAGGAUGUUCUUGAACCCUGCAGGUAUGUGACGGAGCUCCUGGGAGGGGAGUCUUAUGUGUCAUGCUCUGUGGUGCUCCCCGCACUCUGCCAUCUUAAACGUGUUAUGGAGCCCACUGAUGAGGAUCAAGGCUACAUGAUGAAGUUCAAGACCACCUUUUUGAAGGACUUAGACACACGCAAGGCCAACAUCAACAACAGAUGGCUGAAGAUGGCAACUGCCCUUGACCCGCGAUUCAAGGACUUGAAGAGCAUACCCAAGGAUGAGAGAGACGAGGUGUGGACCUGGCUUGGAGAGAUGCUAGCAGAAGCAGGACCUGCUCCUGCUCAACCCACAGAGGACGAGCCAGCAGCCAAGAAGAGCCUGCUCCUGCUAUGUUCUUCAGACUCUGACUCGGACAAGGAGGAGCCGAGGCUGCUAGCCCGUUACAAAGCUGAGCCUUGCAUUGGAAUGCGUGAGUGUCCACUGGAGUGGUGGGCAGCUCACACUAGUGCCUAUGGACAGCUGUCUUCUAUUGCUCGCAAAUACCUGGCUACUCCUGCGACCUCUGUGCCAUGCGAGAGACUCUUUUCUCUUGCAGGUAACAUCAUACAAAAGAAGAGAGCAGCCUUACACUCAGACAAUGUAAACAAGCUUGUUUGUCUGAGCAACUGGCUCAAGGAGACUUAGAUUCUGUAACUUAAGCAAAGAGGGAAGGUUGAUUUGAGGACCUGUAAUUGUGGCCCUACUUUCUGUAGUGGGUUUCUGGGUUUGUUAUGCCCCACAUGAUUUUUUUUUUAUUUUUUUUUAUCUAGAAACAGUGUCAUGUCCUCCUAACAAGUAAUGCCUCUUGACUUCACGUUCUUGAUGUUAAACAUUUCAAGGUAUGUUAUCCUUGUUUUGCUGUUGUUUAUUUUAUUGAGCACCUGGUUAAGUGCCUAGUGUUAUUUAUUGUUUUAUUAACUUUAUUUGCACUGCAUUUUUGAAUAAUGCACCCGUUUUAUAGGUUUGCUAGACAUUUUUUUUAAUUUUAUUUAUUUAUAAAAAACACUGAAAGUGUAAUUUGCUUUAUGAAGCUUGGUAUAUAUUUUGGGCAAGAUGCCCUUUUCAGAUGUCAGCAAUAAAAGAAAUGUGUAUUUCA